AUGAAUUCAAACAACUGGCUUUCGUUUCCUCUUUCUCCAACUCACUCAUCCUUACCACCCCAUCUGAAUACUUCUCAAUCCCACAAUUUUUCUCUUGGACUUGUCCAUGAUAACAUGGACACCCCCUUCCCUAACCAAGAAUGGAACUUAAUUGGGGAACAAGGCAACAACGAUCACGUCCCUAAAGUUGCUGAUUUUUUGGGUGUGAGCAAGUCCGAGAAUUCUUCAGAUCUUGUGGCGUAUAAUGAUAUCCAGGGUAAUGACACUGACUAUCUGUUCACAAGCAGCAGUCUGUUGCCUCAAGUUCAAAACACUUUAUCUGCCACGCCUACAAGUUACGAACUGCCAGAAAAUGCAAGCACUUUGCAAUCUUUGACAUUGUCUAUGGGUAGUGGAAAGCGUUCAACUUGUGAAACCAGCACAGGAGAAAACAGUAGCAAUGAUAAUAACAAUAGUACUAGUGUUGUUGAAGCUAACCCUAGAAGAACUUUGGAUACAUUUGGUCAGAGGACUUCAAUCUAUCGCGGUGUAACUAGACAUAGAUGGACAGGAAGAUAUGAAGCUCAUUUAUGGGACAAUAGUUGUAGAAGAGAGGGGCAAUCAAGAAAAGGACGUCAAGUUUAUUUGGGUGGAUAUGACAAAGAAGAGAAASCAGCUAGAGCUUAUGAUAUGGCUGCACUUAAGUACUGGGGAACUUCUACCACCACUAAUUUUCCAAUUACUAACUAUGAAAAGGAACUUGAGGACAUGAAACACAUGACCAGACAAGAAUUUGUAGCAUCCAUUCGAAGAAAGAGCAGUGGCUUUUCUCGUGGUGCAUCUAUGUAUCGAGGUGUAACCAGGCAUCAUCAGCAUGGAAGAUGGCAAGCAAGAAUAGGAAGAGUUGCAGGCAACAAAGAUCUCUAUUUGGGAACUUUCAGUACUGAAGAAGAAGCUGCAGAAGCUUACGAUAUAGCAGCCAUAAAGUUUAGAGGUCUAAGUGCAGUUACAAAUUUUGACAUGAGCCGUUACGAUGUGAAAAGUAUCCUCGAAAGCAACACUCUCCCGAUUGGAGGAGGAGCGGCUAAACGUUUAAAGGAGGCUCAGGCAAUCGAGUCGUCAAGAAAACGUGAAGAAAUGAUCGCUCUUGGCUCGGGUUUUCCUUUCGGAACCUCGGCCACCGCGGGUGGUGUGUUACAAGCCUAUCCUCUCUUACAGCAACCAUUUGAGACACAAUCACCACAACCUUUGCUAACUUUACAAAAUCCAGAAAUUUCUCAUUAUUCCACUCAAGACCCUCACUUUCACCAGAAUUACCUCCAAACCCAUCAUCAUCACCCUUAUAACAUGCAUAGUCCUCACCAGUCAACAAGUCAAACACCUCAGUUUUACAACAGCUAUCUUCAAAAUAACCCGGUUUUGCUCCAUGGGUUGAUGAACAUGGGUGUUGGUGGAUCUUCCUCUUCUGUGAUGGAUGCUACCAACAACAAUGGUGGUAGCUCGAGCGGCAGUUACAGCAACGGAGGGUAUUUAGGUAAUUUUCUUGGCCAGUCAGGAAGUACAGCGGAAGAGCUUGCGAUGGUUAAGGUUGAUUAUGACAACCUGCCAACAGAGAACUACGCAGGCUGGUCCGGUGAUUCGUCUGUUCAAGAAUCAAACCCGAGUGUUUUUACAAUGUGGAAUGACUAAUUAACAUGUUUAGAAAGA